AAAGAAAAAAAAAAAAAAAAAGGAAAGGCUGUGAAAAAACCCACUUCUAUCGAUGCACCCCUGGGGAACAUUCAAAAAAACCAGCAAGAGCCGACAACAACACAAGAAUGAUAAACAAACAACAACAACAACCGAGCCCAAUGGAAGAACCAAGAACCGAGGAACAACAACAGACCAAUAACAACAACAACAACAACAACCGAGUAACGAGGAUGCAGAGGAGAGCGAGGAUGGACGAACAGAACAACAUCCCAUUUGACGAGGGAAGACUGGGAAGGGAGAUCGAAGCUGAACACCAACUAGGACUCUCCAACUGGAUCCCACUCUUCCUCGUCAUCCUACCUAACCUGGGCGCAAUGUUCUUCGACGGCGAGCCCGAGAGUUGGAGGGACUCAUUGAUCUUCCUACUCAUCGUCUUCUUCCUCUACAAGAUCUCAAAAGCUCCCUGGCAGUUAUACGCCUCAGCCCGAACCACUCGGAUCCUUAACCAGGCCCGGAUCCAAUCCAACGCCAGAGGAGCUGAUCAUCCUCGGGAGAGAGUAGCCAACAAGCCAUACAGCAAGACGAUCUAUCCGAUCCGCACCGAUCAAUACCUCACCGAGCUCAAGCGGAACGAGAUGGGCUUCCUGCUCCUGGCCACCUUCUCACCCGCACUGGGCAUCGGCCUCCUACUCUACCUACAGACCAAGCUCGACCUCGGUUUAGAAUACCUCAACAGCCAUUCCACGGUCCUCUAUCUGCUCUCAUCGCUCGUCAAACCCUUGGGCCAUCUGCACGAUCGGCUCCUCCAACGAUCACGCUAUCUCCAGAGCCAGCUCCAGUUCCCGGUCCGGCUGGCCGACCAGUUCAACCAGACCAUCGACCAGCUCACCCUCCGUCUGGCCGAGCUCGAACAGGACUCGCUCUCCAAGGCCGAGUUGGAGGCCUUUCGGAGGACCCAGAUCGAGACCCCCUUGGCCGCGCUCGCAGAUCGACUGGCCAAGUACAAGACCAACGACGAGCUUCAUCAGCUCAGGGCUGCGUCAAGGCUCUCGGGACUCGAAGAGACACUCGCUCAGCAACUCGGCCAACUCGAGAAGGCCGAACAAGCACUCGACAUCCUCCAACAGCACGAACAAUCCCUCCAAGCCUCCCCGAUCCAUUCCCUGGGGAAGAUCGUCAACGGGCUCCUCGAACCGUCCUCGCUCCCGAUCGGGGGAGGAGAUGGCCAUCAUCAUCCCUCUUCACCCAACCCACUCAAAUCUCCUCACACCAAUUGGCACUCCGACACCCCUUCUCCAGGAUCCCUGAAGCGUCGAUUGUCGAUCGAUGAUCGUCUCCAGGUGGGCGAGGAGCAUCGCAAGCCAGGCUACUUGGGCCUUCUGGUCCGGCUCCUGAACCCCUUCCACAGAAGCCCAUCAUCGUCCCAGGUCCACGAUGACCAUCGACCCACCGGCCGACGCGACACCAAGCUCUCUGCCGCAUCCGACGCGUCUUCCCGAGGCCAGAGGAAGCAGCCGGGGAGGGUGGUUGUCAAGCUGUUGAUGUGGCCGAUCGAGAUGACAGUGGUGAAGCCCCUGCGGCUCGUCGUCCGGGUCUCCAAGCGCAUCCUCCGUCUCCCGUUGUUUCUAAUCCAAUGGGCCAUGAUCACAAAGAGACCAUCGGGAGCCCGGCGGACGCAGAGCCGCGAGCCCGACAGUCGCGGCUGGCCAAACCCCGGACGCCGGUCCCCUUCGGACCCCGCUCCGCGACACCCGCGCCCAGCCUCGCCGCCCUCCUCCGCCUCGCCCGUCUCCAGCCCCGACAGCCCCUCCUCUAACUUGGACAUCCUCCUUCAUACUCACCAUCAUCCCUCGCUCCCGCAUCCUGCUAAACACAGGUCAUGGCCCGCCCAACCUGCCUUCUAUGACCAUGUCGACGACGACAACAACCAUCCGGUCUCGUAUCACGACCAUCUCUUCUGACUUCCUCUUUUGUUCUCAAGCAUCUUCUCUUUCUGAUCACCUCACUCGUCCUUCUCAUCUGCUCCUUCUUACCCACCCACCCCCCCUUAUCACCGAAACUAUUACCCUCAAUAUCAUCUCAUCCGUGUCUCUACUGUUCAUUAUAAUUUACCACAAUACCCCCAAGAUGAUUUUUUUUUGGUUUGUUGGCUGCUGAUCCUGAUGAGCUUUUUUGGUUUUUUUUUUUU